AACUAACAAGAAAACAUGUUUGUUAGGAAUCCUUCUAUCAGAUCAUGUCCCCCGGAGAGAUUCUCCAACUCAAGCCUUGAUGAACAAACGCGACCCUCGGUUUCCGGCCCUUUUAAUAGUAGUCCCUGUAAACUCCCACUCCCCCCGGAAGAUCAUGCAAGUGCUGCACGGUUCUCGCAGCAGACUCAUGUUGUCAACAACAUGGGUAUUAACGUUCAUGUUAGUGCUGCAACGCCUGUUCAAGUAGUUGACAAGUUCAUACCAGAGCAUUCUCUUGCAAUUCCCCCACCCUCUAUGUUACCAAAUGUGCUUCCAACGAUUGGGAAAAAUAGGAGUUCGACACGGCUUACCUUGUAUGCUCCUUUAUUUCAAGCUGCAUUGAAAGGUGAUUGGGGAAAAGCUAAAGAGUUCUUAAACAUGCAUCCGGGUGCCGUGAAUGUGAGGAUAACCAAGGGAUGGGAAACAGCUCUUCACAUUGCUGCAGGGGCCAAACACAUUGGAUUCGUGGAGGAGGUAGUCAAAUUGAUGAGCGAUUCAGAUUUAGAAAGGAGGAACAAGGACAACAACACCGCGCUUUGCAUUGCCGCUGCUUCGGGUGUUACACGGAUUGCAGAAGUAAUGGUGAAAAAGAACAAAAAGUUGCCAGGGUUAAGGGGGAACAAGGGAAUCACACCACUCUACAUUGCUGCAGGGGUUGGCGACCGAGACAUGGUCUGGUAUCUUUACAACGUGACUUCUGCUCAGGAUCUUACGCAGGAGGAUCACGUUGGGUUGCUUAUAGCAUCCAUCGCCACUGAUUUAUUUGAUGUAGCUCUGUUCUUAAUUCAGCACAAUCCAGAAUUGGCUGUUCUGCGUGAUUCGAAUGGGGAGACAGCACUUCAUGUUUUAGCUCGAAAACCUUCAGCCUUUGCCAGCAAAAGUGAGCUGGGAACUUGGGAGAAAUUUAUCUACCCAUGGAUCUACGUUGAACCAGUGGUAAAAAGCACAUGCUCAUCCGGCAUAUCAAAGCGCUGCUGCUGUGAUACGAAUCAAGUGUUAAUUGGCUUAGCCGGAGAACUUUGGAAUGCAAUAGUGAAAACAAUCCCAGGACAUAAAGCUGUUUAUGAGAAAAAGUUACUGCAUAUGCAAGCCGUUGUCCUUGUGAUGUUGUUAUGGGAUCAAAUUAUAUUAUUAGAAGACUCACAAAUUACAGAUAUACUAAGAAGCCCUUCACAAGUGUUAUUUAUCGCAACAGAAUUCGGAGUUGUGGAGCUUGUAGCUGAACUUAUACAGUCUUAUCCCGAUCUAAUAUGGAGAGUCGAUGAGGAUAGCCGCAGCAUUUUUCAUAUCGCCGUCAUUCAUCGUCAAGAGAAGAUCUUUAGACUUAUCAAUGAUAUUGGGGCACAUAAGGAUAUGAUUGUUGCUUACAAAGACGAAAACAAAAACAAAAACAACCACUGCAUACUGCAUUUAGCUGCAAAGAUUGCUCCUCCAGAUAGACUUAAUAUUGUAUCUGGUGCAGCUCUUCAAAUGCAAAGAGAACUAUUGUGGUUUAAGGAAGUAGGGAAGAAUGUGCAACCAUUGUACAAGGAAAUGAGAGACGUCAACGGCAAAACGCCACGAAUGUUGUUCGCGGAAGAACAUGUGGAAUUGGUCAAGGAAGGAGAGAAGUGGAUGAAGAGCACUGCUUCCUCGUGCAUGCUCGUUGCUACGCUAAUCACAACCGUAAUGUUUGCUGCUAUCUUUACAGUGCCAGGAGGCAAUGACAAUAUCAGAGGAACUCCCAUAUAUUUAGAAUCUAAAUCUUUCAUAGUUUUUGCUAUGGCAGAUGCAUUCGCAUUGUUCUCUUCGGUCACCUCGAUAUUAAUGUUCUUAUCGAUCCUGACUUCGCGUUACGCCGAAGAGGAUUUCUUCAGGUUGCUCCCACAGAGACUGAUUGUGGGUCUUGCUACUCUUUUCUUGUCCAUAGCAGCAAUGCUGGUAGCAUUUGGUGCAACGUUUUGCAUUGUGCUUAGCCAAAAAUUGGCAUGGAUUGCUGUCCCAACAGCCUUGAUUGCUUGUAUUCCAGUCACUUUGUUUGCCUUCCUACAGUUCCCACUCCUUGUUGAUAUCAUCCGAUCUUCAUAUGGUGCUGGCAUCUUUGCCUGAAUCAGUUAAUAUUCAAUUCAUUCAUUUAUUUCUAUUUCUUCUGUGUU